AUGGCAUUAGGAAACGAUAACCCGAAUGAAAUUGAAGAAAAUUUGCGUGAACUUUUUAGAGAAAUCCGUGGUGAAUGUGGUUUCUUUCUUACCAGUAAGCCUCUCGAAGAAGUUCGAGAAUAUGUAGAAAACUUUGCUGUGAAAGACUAUGCGAGAUUUAGAAGUAUCGCAACAGAAACUAUAACCAUUCCCGCGGGAAUUGUUUCGCAUCAUCAUCAUGGUCGACCUGUAAAAAAAUCUGCAAAUCAUCUUUUUUUUAAAAAGAUGGGAGCACCAACUGCAGUAGAAAAUGAUACUGUUUGUUUGUUGAAGGAUUAUACAAUUUGUAAAGUUGGAGAACCCCUUAAUGAACACCAAGCUCAUUUGUUGAAAUAUUUGGGUUAUAAGACCGUAACGUGUAAAUUACUUAUCACACAUUAUUAUGAUAAAACAAAAAAAGCUACUCUUAGAUUUUAA